AUGGGUAAUACUUUUUCAGCUUCCCCCUCUGAUGGGCAACCGCCAAAACAAGAGGUACCACUCAAAGGGGAUGAGCCAGUGAUCACGGGCAUGGGUACCGAGUGGCCGCCCAAACUGUUAAACCCAGAUGACUUGAAAGAUUAUGCCUUGAAGUUUUACCCAGAGAACCCUCCAUGGCUCAAAGCCUUUCUCAAGAUUAAUGCCCAUACAGGCAUCGAGAAUCGAGCAGUCGUCGACCUGUGGGACGACCCCCGCUGGCACGGGGAGCUUCCACCCCCAACAGAAGAGGUAGACUCAGGGUUUCGGGAAUACAGUGUCCAGCUUUCUAAAAAUGCUGCCCUCAAAGCCCUUCGUGAAAGCAAUAUCGACCCCUCCGCGAUCACGCAUAUGGUAUCCGUGACGGUAACGAACGGUGGAGCCCCGGGUUUUGAUCAGCUUGUCGCUCGUGAAUUAGGUUUAUCUCCUACGACGGAGCGAAUCCUACUGAGCGGUGUCGGCUGCGCUGGCGGAUGCGCAGCUCUCCGGGUUGCAUCCACGCUAGCAGCUGCAGCCACAUAUCGGAAACAAGAAGCGCGAAUUCUGGUUGUGGCAUGUGAGCUGUGCAGUAUUCAUCUCAGGGGGGAGCUGCAUGCGGCUUCACUGGCUGAGAUGACAACAAUUGCCCCGGCCUUGUUUAGUGACGGUGCAUCCGCGUUUGUCCUCUGCAACCCGUUGGGAAUGAGCGAUAAGACCCCCAAGCAAUUCGCAGUCGUUGAUCAAAGGACCGGCGUCACACCAGGAACCCUGGAUGAAAUGUCGUACAAAGUGACUACCCAUGGCUUUUUGGCCACAAUUUCCAAGAGCAUUCCUAAGCUUGCUGUUGCGUCUAUACAAGCUCCUUUUCAGUCCCUGAUACAAUCUAAUGGGAUGUCCUCCGCUUCUCCAACAGACUUUCAUUGGGCUCUUCAUCCAGGUGGUCGGGCUGUUAUCCAGGGUGCACAGGAUGCCCUUAACUUGCCCGAUGACGCAUUAGCCGCUAGCAAUGAGAUCUAUAGAACAAGGGGUAAUACGUCCAGUGUUGCCGUCCUUGCUGUGUUGGAUAAGGUGCGGGAGUUGAAGCUGCCGACUUCGAAUGUUAUUGCAUGUAGCUUUGGGCCUGGUCUUACAACGGAGAUGGCCCUUUUACGCCGCAUGGUAUAG